GCCCGCUCUUUAGUAGGCUGGUUCUACAUUCUCAGCUGCUGUGUGCCUUUGACCUUUGCCUAAUGGGUACUUGACAGUUUAUAUUCCUGGGUCCAGGAUGAGGAGGAGCUUAGCUCCAAGCCAGCUGGCCAAGAGAAAACCGGAAGACGGACCCUCUGAUGAUGAAGACUGGCAGCCUGGAGCAGUGACUCCUAAGAAACCUAAGAAAUCCAGCUGUGAGACCCAGAGCCAGGAGUGUUUCCUGUCUCCUUUUCGGAAACCUUUGACUCAACUAACGAAUCGACCACCCUGUCUGGACAGCAGUCAACAUGAAGCAUUUAUUCGAAGCAUUUUGUCAAAGCCUUUCAAAAUCCCCAUUCCAAAUUAUCAAGGUCCUCUGGGCUCUCGGGCAUUGGGCCUUAAACGGGCUGGGGUCCGCCGAGCCCUCCACGACCCCCUGGAAGAAGGUGCCUUGGUUCUGUACGAGCCUCCCCCACUGAGCGCCCAUGACCAGCUGAAGUUUGACAAGGAAAAACUUCCUGUCCAUGUGGUUGUUGAUCCUAUUUUGAGUAAGGUCUUGAGGCCUCAUCAGAGAGAGGGAGUAGAGUUCCUGUGGGAGUGUGUCACUGGCCGGCGCAUCCCCGGGAGCCAUGGCUGCAUCAUGGCUGAUGAGAUGGGCCUGGGCAAGACGCUGCAGUGCAUCACCCUGAUGUGGACGCUUCUGCGCCAGAGUCCAGACUGCAAGCCGGAAAUCGACAAGGCGGUGGUGGUGUCGCCCUCCAGCCUAGUGAGGAACUGGUACAAUGAAGUUGGGAAAUGGCUUGGAGGGAGGAUCCAACCUCUGGCCAUCGAUGGAGGCUCUAAGGACGAGAUAGACCAAAAGCUGGAAGGAUUUAUGAACCAGCGUGGUGCCAGAGUGCCUUCUCCCAUCCUCAUCAUUUCCUAUGAGACUUUCCGCCUUCACGUUGGAGUCCUCCAGAAAGGGAGUGUUGGACUGGUCAUAUGUGAUGAGGGACACAGGCUCAAGAACUCCGAGAAUCAGACUUACCAGGCCCUGGACAGCUUGAACACCAGCCGACGGGUGCUCAUCUCUGGGACCCCCAUCCAGAAUGAUCUCCUUGAGUAUUUCAGCUUGGUACACUUUGUCAACUCGGGAAUCCUGGGAACCGCCCAGGAGUUCAAGAAGCAUUUUGAAUUGCCAAUUCUGAAGGGUCGAGAUGCAGCUGCCAGUGAGGAAGAUAGGCGUGUAGGAGAGGAGCGACUGCGGGAGCUCACCAGCAUUGUGAAUAGGUGCCUGAUACGGAGGACAUCUGAUAUCCUUUCUAAAUAUCUGCCUGUGAAGAUCGAGCAAGUGGUUUGUUGUAGGCUGACACCCCUUCAGAUUGAAUUAUACAAGAGGUUUUUGAGACAGGCCAAGCCAGCAGAAGAGUUGCGUGAGGGCAAGAUGAGUGUGUCUUCUCUUUCUUCGAUCACCUCACUGAAGAAACUGUGUAAUCAUCCAGCUUUAAUCUAUGACAAGUGUGUGGAAGAGGAAGAUGGCUUUGAAGGUACCUUGGACAUAUUUCCCCCUGGUUAUAACUCCAAGGCUCUAGAGCCUCAGCUAUCAGGUAAGAUGCUGGUCCUUGAUUACAUUCUGGCGGUGACCCGAAGCCGCAGCAGUGACAAAGUAGUGCUGGUGUCCAAUUACACUCAGACAUUGGACCUCUUUGAGAAACUCUGCCGAGCCCGAAGGUACUUAUAUGUUCGCUUAGAUGGCACGAUGUCCAUUAAGAAGCGAGCCAAGGUUGUGGAGCGCUUCAACAACCCGUCGAGUCCUGACUUUGUUUUCAUGCUAAGCAGCAAAGCUGGGGGCUGUGGCCUCAAUCUCAUCGGGGCUAACCGACUGGUCAUGUUUGACCCUGACUGGAACCCAGCCAAUGAUGAACAAGCCAUGGCCCGGGUCUGGCGUGAUGGUCAAAAGAAGACCUGCUAUAUCUAUCGCCUACUCUCUGCAGGAACCAUUGAGGAGAAGAUCUUUCAGCGUCAGAGCCAUAAGAAAGCACUGAGCAGCUGUGUGGUGGAUGAGGAGCAGGAUGUGGAGCGACAUUUCUCUCUCGGCGAAUUGAAGGAGCUGUUUACCCUGGAUGAGGCUAACCUCAGUGACACACAUGACAGGUUGCGCUGCCGCCGCUGUGUCAACAACCACCAGGUCUGGCCACCCCCUGAUGGUUCUGACUGCACCUCAGACCUGGCUCAGUGGAACCAUAGCACUGAUAAGCGGGGGCUCAAGGAUGAGGUACUCCAGGCUGCUUGGGAUGCUGCCUCCACUGCCAUCACCUUUGUCUUCCACCAGCGUUCCCAUGAGGAGCAGCGGGGACUCCACCUUUAACCAGCUGGCCUGGCCUAAAUCCUAUACAUAACGCCUGAUAAUUCCGUUGGCCCUCAGUGUCUGUGCUGAACGCCAGGGACUGCAUC